AUUGGAUGAAGCAUCGAGAGAGAAAGUUCCACUCUCUCUCUUUCGUCUUAUAUUGUACUAAUCUCUACGACCCAGCCCAAAAAAAUACUGACAUCACCUUACACAAUCCUCCUCAUUACUACAAAUUAAUCAAACUUAACAUUUAUUAGUAGUAAUUUUAAUUGUCCUGCGACUUUCCCAUUUAUCACCUCAUUUUCUGAUGAAAAAAAGUUACACCUUUGGAAACUAGAGAAGGAGAUCGAGGAGCUUCUGCUUCUACUUCCACCUUUUCUUUCUCACUGCGCUGCUGCCACCUACACUCAUCCCAUCCAAAUCUCUUUGCCUCUACGACUUCUUCCCAAAAAUUUAACCUUAUUUAUUGGAUUGGAUCCAAGUUCACUCGCUGGCUGGAGAUUUUCAAGGCACUAACCCUAUUGGGUUUAAUCAUUUGAGUUCUUCGAUUAACGUGAAUUUUGGUCAGAGACCCCAUCAUCAGAGCUGGUAGGUGGUUGGUAAGUGAGAAAAAGGAAGUGAAAAAAAAAUUGCAGGUUGACUGGUAGAUAUAGCAAAGGAGAAUAGAAACCCUAGAAAAAAAAACCCAUAAAAGAAUAGCGAGCAAAAAUCAAAACUUUGUCCCCUUAGAAUUGUGAGGGUAAAUGCUCUAAGAUUUUCCCUCUCUUAUUUGGAAGAAACUAUCGAGUUUUAGUUCCCAUGCCUGUUGAUUUGGAUAAUGCUUCAACAGCUUCAGGGGAAGCUAGCGUUUCUUCCUCUGGCAAUCAGACAGUGCCUCCAAAAUCAACCACAAAGAAGAAGCGAAACCUUCCAGGAAUGCCAGAUCCAGAUGCAGAGGUGAUUGCUCUGUCUCCUAAGACCCUAAUGGCCACGAACCGAUUCGUGUGUGAAAUUUGCAACAAAGGGUUUCAGAGGGAUCAGAAUCUUCAGCUUCAUCGACGGGGUCACAAUCUACCAUGGAAGCUGAGGCAGAGGUCAAGCAAAGAGGUGAGGAAGAGGGUGUACGUGUGUCCCGAACCAACAUGUGUUCAUCACGAUCCUUCUAGAGCUUUGGGCGAUCUCACUGGGAUUAAGAAGCACUUCUGCAGAAAGCACGGCGAGAAGAAGUGGAAAUGUGACAAGUGCUCCAAGAAAUAUGCUGUUCAAUCGGAUUGGAAAGCUCACUCCAAGAUUUGCGGUACCAGAGAGUAUAAAUGCGAUUGUGGGACUUUGUUUUCGAGGAGGGAUAGCUUCAUCACGCAUAGGGCUUUUUGUGAUGCUUUAGCUGAGGAGAGUGCAAGAUCUCAGACUCAGACUGCUCCAAAGGCUAGUUCAGAGUCAGAUUCGAAAGUUGUUACUGGUGAUUCAUCACCUCCAGUGGCGGCGGCGGCGGCGGCUCCACCGCCACCGCCGGCCCCUGCAGUUUCUUCUCAGUCAAACAGUGUUGUACCCAUGACGGCUGCUUUGCAGACACAAAAUCCAGAGUUGCCAGAAAAUUCCCCACAAAUCAUUGAGGAACCACAGGCAAAUACUGUUAUGAAUGGGAGCUGUAGCAGCAGUAGCACCAGCUCAACAAGCAACAGCAAUGGUGGUACUAGCAGCAGCGUAUUUGCAAGCCUGUUUGCUUCAUCAACAGCAUCUGGAACCGGAAGCCUCCAAUCUCAAGCACCAGCAUUCCCUGACCUAAUUAGGGCCAUGGGGCGACCAGAUCAUCCAGCAGACCUCCCAGGGCCUUCAUCUACUGAGCCCAUUUCCCUGUGCCUUGCCACCAAUCACGGGUCAUCCAUUUUUGGAACGGGAGGGCAAGAGCGCCGUCAGUAUGCCCCACCACCACAACCAGCCAUGUCUGCCACUGCAUUGCUGCAGAAAGCUGCUCAAAUGGGUGCAGCUGCAACAAAUGCUUCUUUGCUUCGGGGGUUAGGCAUAGUAUCAUCUUCUGCACCAACCUCAUCAGGUCAGCAAGAUAGUUUGCAAUGGGGUCAGCAGCCAGUGGAACCAGAAAGUGCCUCGGUUCCUGCAGGGCUUGGACUCGGGCUUCCCUGUGAUGGCAGCUCUGGACUAAAGGAGUUGAUGAUGGGGACUCCUGCCAUGUUUGGUCCAAAGCAGACAACCCUUGAUUUUCUUGGAUUGGGGAUGGCUGCUGGGGGCCCUCCUGGGGGAGGCUUAUCGGCACUCAUCACCUCUAUUGGUGGCAGUCUGGAUGUUACUGCUGCAGCGGCUCCCUUUCGUAGUGGAGAAUUCCCAGGCAAAGAUAUUGGGAGGAGCACUUGAUAUUUUGGCAGCAAGGACUUUAUUUUUCAGGGCAAGAAGCUCUGGCUGUAUAGAGUUAUAUGGUCCUUGUACAAUGUGAAGUUGCAAUUCAAUGGGGGAGGAUUAGUAAGAUUUAGUAUGCUCCUCUUGAGCAGUACCACAAACAAUGUGCAAAUGGGUCGUUUUGCAUUAUCUGAUGCCUCUAACGUGGGAAGAGUGUAUAUUUAUUAUUGUAAAAGAAGAGGCCCAUAGAGCCUUCUUUCCCAAUGGCACGGGUUACAUUAUUAUGUUUGCUCUGGACCACUGGAUUUGGUGAAUUAAGGUGUUGUGCAAAAGGUUGGAGUUGAUGUUGGGUUGGUGUCGUAGGUUGUAGCGAUAAUUGUGGUGCAUUUGAAGACUAACAUCUUUAGAUCUUUUGCUUUGGCAUCUACAGUUUUGAAAAUUGUCAAUUCUGCUGUUGGAUGAUUUGGUUGGUCCGAAGCCUGUAGACAUAAAUCAGGAAACUUUGAUGUUUUCUUCUAUUGUCGGCAGUAAAUGGUGGAUUGAAUAUUUAUCACAAAUAUGCAUUGUCAUUAUGUUGUAAAGAAUUGUAUUCCAUUGAGGUUCAAUUUUAUCUCCCAUAAAUCAAAGUAAAAUGACACCACCUCGUCUAGACAAAGUUUAUAGGUCACAGUUGUCACAUAUUAUUAGCACCUUGUAAAGGUAGCAUGAAUAUUAUUUACUAACUUAUUG